CCCUAUUCGGAGUUCACUCUGCCAGGUAUCUUCCCCGGCGCCAUGGCCUCGGAGGGGCACAGCAAGGAGGAGACCCUGGCCCUGCGAAGGCAGCUUAUCGGCUCUUCCUGCAGGCUUUUUUUUUCUGAGGACCCUGUGAAGAUUGUGCGGGGCCGAGGCCAGUACAUGUACGAUGAGAAGGGAGUGGAGUACAUUGACUGCAUCAACAACGUGGCUCACGUCGGGCACUGCCACCCUCACGUGGUCCAAGCCGCGCAUCAACAAAACCAAGUGUUAAACACCAACAGCCGCUUCCUGCAUGACAACAUAGUGGAUUAUGCUCGGAGGCUGUCCCGAACGCUGCCCAAGGAGCUCUGUGUGUUCUACUUCCUGAACUCGGGGUCUGAAGCCAAUGACCUGGCCCUGAGGCUGGCUCGUCGGUAUACUGGACAUCGAGAUGUGGUGGUAGUGGACCAUGCUUACCAUGGGCACCUGAGCUCUCUGAUUGACAUAAGCCCUUACAAGUUCCAGAGUCUGGAAGGACAGCCAGAGUGGGUACACGUGGUCCCUCUCCCAGAUACCUUCCGAGGGCUCUACCGAGAAGACCACCCAGAGCCAGCCCGUGCAUAUGCAGCAGAGGUGAAGCAGGUGAUUGACAGCACACAGGAGAAGGGCAGGAAGAUAGCGGCCUUUUUUAUUGAGUCUUUGCCCAGCGUGGGAGGCCAGAUCAUUCCCCCGGCUGGUUAUUUCCAGAAGGCAGCGGAACACAUCCGAAGGGCUGGAGGCGUUUUUGUGGCUGACGAGAUUCAAGUUGGCUUUGGCCGAGUCGGCAAGCAUUUCUGGGCCUUCCAGCUGCAGGGGGAGGACUUUGUCCCCGACAUCGUCACCAUGGGCAAGCCCAUCGGUAACGGCCACCCCAUCGCUUGUGUGGCCACGACCCGGGACAUCGCCGAGGCCUUUGCAGGCACUGGCGUUGAGUAUUUCAACACGUUUGCGGGAAGUCCUGUUUCCUGUGCAGUGGGUUUGGCAGUCUUGGACGUUCUAGAAAAGGAGCACCUCCAGGCCCAUGCUGCCCAUGUGGGAGACUUCCUCAUGGGGCUGCUGAACCAGCAGAAGGCCAAGCAUCCCAUCAUUGGUGAUGUCAGGGGUGUUGGAUUGUUCAUUGGUGUGGAUCUAAUCAAAGACGAGGAAACAAGGACACCAGCCACAGAGGAAGCUGACUAUUUGGUUUCUAGGUUAAAAGAUGCCUGUAUUUUGUUGAGCACUGAUGGACCGGGAAGAAAUGUCCUGAAAUUUAAGCCUCCAAUGUGCUUCAACAUGGACAAUGCCAGAAUAGUUGUGAACAAACUUGACACAAUUUUAACAGAAAUGGAGGAGAAGAUGAGAAGCUGUGAAACCCUUCAAUGUCCCCAGUAACUUGGCUAGAUCUUCCCUGGGAACCCUGGGUUCAAGAAGAAUAUUCUAAAAGGUGAAGAGGGGAACCCUGACAGCCAAGAUAACAAGAAAUUUAAACUCAACCCAUUCACAAUUUACCUUGUAACAUGGAUUGAACCUGUUAAAAACCAAACAAAAGUGUUUGUUUCCAUACACUGGAAGGCAGAGGGGGCUAGUGAGACCCAUACUUCUGAAUCUCCCCAACACACCACACUCUGCUCCAUUACUGUUACUAAAGUCAGACGCUGGGUCAAAGUGGUUAGAAAAUGUCCCAUUAAGGUCAGAAAAGAAAAUACAGGGAAGAUGAAUUCCUAAAUAUAACAAUAGUUUCUACCAUUUGCCUUAGGGCAAAUGACUUAACUCUGCUCUGGUCUUAACUAAGCUUGAAGAC